CUGAUUCGACGCCGCCAAAGCGCCGCGACGCGUCUGCUUCACCUGGUCCGCUUCGUGCCGUACCACGAGAGAGGUUAGUUACGAGCAACAAUCGAAAGAGGCGCGUAGAAUAUCACGGUACCCGUGGCACUUCCAACGUGGCGAAACAGCGCUUCCCUGCUUGCAAUUCCGUUCGUAAAUAAUCCACAACCGUUUACGAGACGUGCACGUUCGUACGUUGUUCCGUUUCGUGCGCCAAACAGCAAAGGAAAAACGAACGUCCGCGUGCUUGAUUAUUUUCCGCGAGCGAACGAACGCUCGAAAGAUUCCAUAGUUUCACGUCGGUUGUAACAUGCUUCCAUCGAUCGCAGUAAUUCUUCUUGCUAUCGGAACCGCCGUUGCCGAAGACUGUAAAGGAUGCGUCUCCCUGGAUUCGUAUUCCUUCGACAAGGUAAUUCCAAAAUUCAAAGCCGCAGUGGUGAAGUUUGACGUGGCGUAUCCGUACGGGGACAAACACGAACAGUACUCGCAAAUAGCCGCAACAACGAAAGACGCUUACGAUUUCUUGGUGGCUGAAGUCAAAGUAAAAGAUUAUGGAAACAAAGACAAUUCCGACCUUGCUGCACGCUAUAAAAUAAAAUCGGACGCUUUCCCCGCGGUUCUUCUGUUCUUACAAGGGAAAACAGAACCGAUACAGUUUGUCGCGGACAAAGCAACCGAUUUCACCGCGGACAAUAUCAAGCGGUUCAUUAAAACAAAAUCGAGCGUGUACCUUGGUCUGCCCGGUUGCGUAGAACAAUUGGACAAACUCGCAGAGGAAUUCAAGUCCAGCGACGAGAACGAAAGGAAGGAAAUAUUGAACAAAGCUAAAAUAAUCGAAGAAACGUUGCCCGAGACGCAACAUGCUGCCGCCAAAGUUUAUAUUAAGACCAUGGAGAGAAUAUUAGAAAAGGGGAACACAUUCGUCCAAACGGAACAAACGCGAAUAGAUGGUAUUUUAAAAGGGAAACUGUCCAAUGAAAAGAAACGCAUAAUGGAGGAGAAACGCAAUAUCCUUCAUUCUUUCUUGUACAAAGACGAAUUGUGAAGAAAUCUGAAUGUAAUAGGAUAAUACAAACUGUGUCAUUUAUGCUUCAGCGAAAAUAGCGUCGCGUUAAUAUUGAACGUUUACCGAAGAUUUUGAUUGCUCUAUUUUACAGUUGUUUCUCACAACUUAUAAACGGCAAUACAAGAAACGAGAAUAUUCAUUUACGUUAUACAAAGCAUUCCAAUGUUCCAGACUGUAAUGUAUAUAAGUGUGAAAACAUGAGAAAAAGGGUUUAAAAAAAAAGAAAUAAAAUAUAC